UCUUCUUCUUCUUCUUCUUCUUCUUCUUCUUCUUCUUCUUCUUCUUCUUCUUCUUCUUCAUCUACCUAUACACAUCAAUCUAAACCGUCACAAUGGGCUGGUUCUCUGACGACUCUCCUCAGUCCGACUCGUACAACCAGUACCAGGAGGGCGGUGUCACCCGCGAGCACGAGGCUUCCUUCGCCCACGAGCUGAUCGCCGGCGCUGCCUCUUACGAGGCCGCCAAGGCCUACGAGGAUCACUGUGAGCGCAACGGCCAGCCCCCGAGCCACGAGAAGGCCAAGGAGAUCAUGGCCGGUUUCGCUGGUGCCUUCAUCGACCGUGAGGUUGAGACCCGCGGUCUGGACUUCAUUGACCGUGAGCGCGCUAAGCGUCAUGCCCAGGAGCACAUUGAGCAGGUUGAGGAGAGCCGCUUCAACUACUAAGUGCGUCUCUUCGAUUGAGAGUUGCAAUUGUCUAUACCAAUAUCUCUAAAUGUGAUUAUGUCUGCU